AUGACCAUACAAGAUUGGAAGCAACCAAGGUCAAUUACGGAAGUGAGGAGUUUCCUCGGUCUCGCAGGCUACUACCGAAGGUUCAUUAAGGAUUUUUCUAAAAUAACCCGGCCGCUAUCCCAGUUUACACGGAAGGACCUCAAGUUUGUAUGGAAUGAGAAGGUGGAGGCGACCUUCCAAGAGUUGAAAGAUAAACUGAUGUCAAUACCUGUACUCGUAUUACUUGAGCAGGGGGUCAAGUACACCGUCUAUACUGACGCCUCCUGUGCGGGCUUGGGUUACGUACUCAUGCAGAAGGACAAAGCAAUUACUUACGCAUCUUGA